CGAAACAAGUGUCAUGUGGUCACAUAAGCUCCGCCCACUCAUUAAUAUUGAAGCCUUAAGACCUAAGACCAUUGUUGGUUUAAGGGCUCAGCAUGCGUUAUAAGUUACCUCAAGGGUGGCGGUACUUCAACGCUCUAAACUCUAUAACCCGCCGAAGCUCACACCAACCUACUUUUAUGUAGUUGCUAGGAACACGAUACACUCUAAACAAUACUGGAAAACGGACAAGGUAGUUACAGAGAACACCAACAAGACAUGAAGCCGAAGCCGGUCGAGGACGCGGAUGUAGUACACGGACAUGGCUUUCCCCAAGGCACGGUGUAUGUGUUCCAAGAUGUCAGGACUUACACAGUGAUAUUCUGAGGAAGAAGAAUGACGGGAACCUACAAAGGGUAUAUCACAGUGAUAGUCUCGGUCCUCAUGAUUUGGACUGUAAUGGAGUAUGCUGCUUCAAACUACUGGACUCGAACGGACACAAAUGACUUCAUUGUACCAGCAAAGCACCCUGGUGUAGACCAUAGUGUGUCCGCUGAGAGUCCUCGGUGCCCGGAUGUGAAGACAGGGAUGAUGAGAGGAAGAUGGACGCCUCGCACUCUGACUGCACAAGAGAAAGUUGAUAUUGACACAUUCCUUCAGUCAGCUCGAAGUUCACAUGGUCUGCCGAAGUCAAUGCAGAGAAGGGACGGAAAAUGUGGGAAUGUGGCAUAUGAAAACCUUCACUACUUUCGUGCACUGUGUAACCCGGAAGGUGCUACGCCAUGUUGCUAUGGGGAUACGUGCAUUAACAAGACCCCGGAUGACUGUAAAUGUCCGAGCUGUUUCGAUCUUCGGAACGAGAUUUAUGCAGAGUACUCAACGUGGGAGCCCGAAGAUUCCCGAUGUCAGGUGAAGAACUUCACGGCUCAACAGGCAUGUGAUCUUCUACAGGGGCUGACACUAGCCUUUGUUGGGGAUUCUUUAAUGCGUCACGUGUACACGGCCAUGUUGAUGGUGCUCUCCAACAGCACUGCCCUCAAUCCAGAUAAAGAUAGCCAUGUCCAAUGCAACGGAAUGUACGCAUUCUCAGACAAAAUAUGUAGGGCAAACAUCAAGAGACAAGCAACAUUCUGUGGUGGGAGUGUGACAUUGAAAAUGUUGGAAUACUUUCAUCUCGAAGAUGCGGCAAAAUUUCAUGCGGAUUUUCAUUCAUUUCUUAACCAAAACAAAACAGUUGUACUAGUUGGUGUUGGGUGCCACGAUAAUUUUAACUUUGAGAGGGUGUUUAAUGAAUAUAUAUAUCCUGUUAUCGACAUGAUGAAAAAGAACAAAGCUUUAUGGCCAAAGGUGAUCUGGUCUGCCAAUCACAAAUUUGGUCUCCUGAAAUCUCCUAAGAUUCCAUUACAAGACAAUAGUCACGUAGCAUCCUUCAACAGACUUAUGUCUGAGGGGUUAGGAAAAUAUGCUAUACCCAUUUUUGACACUUAUAACUUAACUUCCGGUGUGAUGAGUACGGACGGAGGUCAUUUUGGUAUUGGUGUAAAUGUCAUGAAAGUGCAGAUGCUUCUGAACUAUUUGUUGGAAUUGAAAUCAAACUGGUAAACCAAAACAAUGGUUAUUUUAUGUAUAUCAGACAUCAGAUUUUGGCACAUUUGUCCACAAUAUUUUGCGUAUUAUUAUGUGUCUAAAUACAAAGUAGUUAUAUGAAAUAUGUAGGUGUUUGGUGUUUAAAACACGUCAGGUUUUGAAGUAAAUCUAGUGCAGGUGAAAACUGUUCAAAAUGUAUUUGUAUUAAUUGUCAGCAAAUGAUUGAACUACAAGUAAAACAUAUAUAAGUAUUGUUCUGAUCAGAUUUGAACAACAAUCAACAGCAGCGAGUGAAGCAUUCCAGAAUGUUUUUCGUACUAAAAUGCAAGUGAGCUGUCCUUGUUGUGUACAUGAAUGGGAAAGGUUUGAUCGUUCAAGAAGUAUCUGGAUAAAAAAUAGGCUGGUUGAACAUAUAACGAGCGACAAGAGGGUGAUUCAAGACCUUUUCGACAUGCCUUGUUCCUAAUGUCAUUGCCAAGUGGAUAGACUAACAUAUAGUCUCUGAAAUGAACAUAUCGUACAGAAAAAACAGUU